UAUUUUGAUUAACAACCAAACGCAGCUAACUUCGGUAAUUAGGUUACAUUUGGCAGCUAUGACGCUUCCUGUUUCUUUUUCGUUGUCGCUGUCUAAGAACAAAGACUUGAGAUGGCCACUACAUCACCACACCUGAACUGGUUGAUUAUACGCAACAACAAUUCUUAUUUGUUGAAGAAACGCGAUGUUAAGAAGCCAUUCAGCACUGAGCCCAAUAAUUUGACUAACUUGAGCUCAUACCGCUACAAUGGUCUCGUGCACAAGAAGACUCUCUCUAUUGUGCCAGCUGAUAAAAAGGGAUUCACUGUUGUCAUGAAGAAAGGCAAGAAUGCUCAACGCCCUGCUAAGAACACUGUGACUGUCACAAUGAAAUCAGGUCCAAGACGUUCAUUGAAGAAGUUGAGGAAUUUACUUACCGACAACAAGUACCGCAAAGACUUGACACAGGCUGCGUUGCGUCGUGCAUCUGCUGUUAUUCGCUCCCAGAAGCCUGCCCAAGUCAAGGCCAAGAAAUCUGAAUAAAUUGUAAUACUUGUGUGAAUAUAAGUUAACUAAAUAUAGUGGUAAACAGAAAAAAUUUAAUUCAAA